GAGCUUCAUUUGCAAUCUGUCAGGAACUCUAUACCACUUUUCCAUGCUGCUGGCCACCAUGCUUAUGCAAAAACUGCUCAGGUGUAUCUUCAGGAUAUGGCUGACUUAGAGUUGCAUAUGGAUCCUCAGGAGUACGACGCUUUCACGAAGGGGGGGUAUUUUACUAUCCGUCGAACGGACAAAGCGUGGGCGGGAGUAUCCAGAGACAUGGUCAUUGAGCAAACGCUUAAUCGAUUCUUUGGCACAGACUUGAAACACGGGAGAGGGGUCACGCCCAGUGUAGUGACACGUUAUCUACUUGCCAUGCCAGCUGCAUUCACGAUAAUGGAAGAAUUAGAGGAAUAUUGUGGAAUAAGAAGUACCAACAGUGAACAACAUGUCGAUCUCAAGCCGAGUAGGAUCACACGUGAUGAGCAAGAUAUUGAGAAAUUAAUGUUCUGGCUAGAUUCUCAUAAUCCUUUCGAUAGUCGUAGCUCAUUGGUAUCGUUGUCAUCUGGUGUGAUUGGUGGGCCUUCGAUCAAUUGCCACAUGGCAUUUGAAAAAGGUGAGCAAUCCAUGGCAACUAUGAUCGGAAAAACUCCUGAGAAAGUUUCUAUAUCCAGAUCCUUCAAAGUGAAGAAUCUGACAUCAGCAGCAAAGGGGAUUCAUUUGAGUUCAGAAAAUACAACCGUCAAGAUUAACACUCAACUAUUAUUCCAGAAAAUUUCAGUUCUUUUCAGUGGAAAUGCCGAAAUGACAAGAAAAGCUUUGAAUUACGAACUUUCACCCGUUCCGUUGAGUCUUUUUGAUGAAAAAGGAUGGAUGAGAAAGAGUGCCAAGUCAGAACUCUAUACUUUAUUUAGCUCUGCCAUUUCGAGUCAGUCAUUUUUAGCUGAUUGUCAGUUCGUCAUCGAUGGUGGCUGGCUGCUGAGACAGAUCACCUGGCCUCAUGGGAAAACGUUCUCAGAAAUUUUCCAAUUGUAUCGAUCGUACAUAGUGAAAUACUUCCGAGAUGAUACUAUAAUUAUUUUUGAUGGCUAUAAAAAUGAUGUCAUAGGGGUGAAAUCCUAUGAGAGGUUACGUAGAAACGAGAAAUUCGUGGCUGCUGAUGUUAACAUUGGACCGGAAAAAAUGAUCACCUCAACAAAAGACAAAUUUCUUUCCAAUGUAGUGAAUAAGUUCAAAUUAGUCAAGUUACUCGCUGAAUAUUUGACGAGUGAGAAUAUAUCCACUAAAAUUGCUGAAGAAGAUGCUGAUGCAUUGAUUGUCCAUACUGCAAUUGAGAUGCAAAGUGGUAGACAAUGUACAGAUAAACCGAUUGUAGUGGUUGGUAACGACGUCGAUCUCUUCGUUCUACUCAUCGGACUCACUCCAAUCGACGAAACCAUCUAUUUCUACAAAAUUACCAGCACCGGGAAGAAGCAGAAAAUACUGUAUUCAACCAGGGAUCAUAAACAUAUGAGGCCUUUCAUUCUAUUCGCUCAUGCACUCGUUGGCUGUGAUUCAACGAGUGCCCUAUUUGGAAAAGGGAAAAAAACUGUCAUGACAUUAUUACAGAAGAAUGAAAGUAUUUGUCAAUCGAUAUCAGUCUUUUAUAAUCAAGACCGUACGCUUGAUGAACUUUACCCAGUUGCAGAGAACAUAGUGAAACGUCUAUACGUGAAAGAUGAAGACGCCCUACUGCCCAUUAAUGAAUUGAGAUACAAAAUGUUUAUCUCCUCAAUAGCCGGUGCCAAGAAAGACGUACUCACUACCCUCCCACCUACACAAGCAGCUCUGAUGGAGCAUGUGAAGAGGGUUUACUUCCAAGUACAGCAAUGGCUACUUCACAAACUGGACCCGCUACAAUGGGGUUGGGAACGGCCAAAAAUGUUGAACAACGUUUUGGUACCAAAAAAAACGACUCAAAACGCUGCUCCAGAUGAUUUGCUUGCUAUGGUAUCUUGUAAAUGUGCGAGGAGUAAGUGCAACACGGCUGUAUGUGUUUGCAAAAAAGCUGGGCUAAAUUGCAGUCAACUAUGCAAAUACUGUGAUGAUGAUGAUGAUAAUUGUCUGAAUCAACCUGUCGCGAAUUCCGAUGAACCGGCAGAGGAGGAGACAGAUGUUGAAGCUGACACAGAUGAAGAAAUUCAGCCUGUUCGGAGAGAAAACAUCUACAGAUAUGAUUCCGAUGAUGAAGAGGAAGAAGAAAACGAAGAAGAAAGAGAUGAAGAUGACGGCGAUGAUGAGUUCGAAACGAUUGAUUUCGAUUAUUAUUGAUAUCUGUAAUGAAAAAUUCCCCAUUAAAUGCUGUUUAUGAUUUCCAA